UGCUGAUAUGGCGUUCCAUAAGUAUUACAUGACAAGCGUGGCCUCAAUGUAUAGUGAAAUUCUUUAGCAAUACAAGUCAACAAAUUAAAAAUUUAUCUAAUCUUUUCCUGUUCCACACAUAGUACUACGAAUCAAGCGCAAUGGCGGACAAAAGUAACAAGCGGAAAGUGAUGAUUGCAAUGGACGGGAGUGAAUACUCGGAGGGAGCGCUCAAAUGGUUUGUCAAAAAUAUGUACAGAAAAGAUGAUGAGGUCAUUGUCCUUCACGUAACUGAUCACAGGAAUUCCAUGGCGUACGGGUCCGCUUGGAUGCCUGUAGACCCCAAAAUCGUUCACAAGGCAUACAACGAGGAAGAAGAAAGGGCCAAAGUGCAAAUCAAGAAACUAGAUGCAAUAUUGAUGGACGCAGGGGUUCAAGGGGAAGUAAUACGUGCUCACGGAAAUCCUGGUGAACAAAUCAUCAAAAAGUCGGAGGAACUAGAGGCAACUUUGAUCAUCAUCGCCUCUCGUGGAUUGGGAAAGAUCAGGAGGACAAUUAUGGGAAGUGUCAGUGAUUAUGUGGUCCACCAUUCGUCCAUACCUGUCAUUGUGUGUCGCCAUUAAUAGUGAAGUGUUCUACAAUGAAUUUCAUCAAGGACAGUUUAGUUUUUAUCUGUGUUCAUCAAUUUCAGCUGUGUCUUAACUAUUCAUCAUUAUUCCAUACGUCUGUCUCAAUAGUGACUAGAUUUCUAAACAGUCAAAAUAAAAUAUCCUUUCUAGAAUAUUUGAUUGGAUAAUUAAAGACUUUUCAUUUA